AUGAAAUCCACCGCCUUCAUUUUUCUUAUAUUCUGCGUGUCUGGAAUUGAAUGCAGCUGCGAUGAUUCGACAUUGCUCGGAAAUGAUCCUAUAGUGGAUGUCUCCGUAUACGUUGUCGACGCAAAAAUUAACACUUCGGAUAUUGAAACGAAUGAUAAGGCUAGCGGAAAUAAGCUGGCAACUUUUCAGUUGGCGUCGCAUCAAAUUGGAAAAUGCUCUGAAUGCUUGAAAAAUAUUAAAGUCUUCGUUGCUGAGAACCUGGUUGACGAAAAGAAUUCAAUGCUUCUGGAUGCCAAAAAUGAUCGGGCUAAUGGAUUUGUCAAAGUCGGUGAGAAGCCAUUCUUCUGCGCUGUCGAGAAGAAGUGUGGAGCCACGGUGCCAAUCUAUCGGCAUUACCGUUUAUUAAACAUUCAUCUAUAUCACACCUACACAAUUACCAAUGGGACUGUGGAUGGCUAUACCCGCGAAGACAGCCCAAUUUGCUAUGGAUGGAAGGUGGACAAGUCAGCUCCUUCAGAUGUGGAAGGCACAACACCAUCCGAAGAGCCUAGCACAACAUCAUCGGAAGAGCCUAGCACAACAUCAUCGGAAGAGCCAAGCACAACGUCAUCAAUUGAAUCUAGCACGACUCCUGAAGAAGAAGAAGACGAAUGUGAUGACUAA